AUGGAGGAUAGUAUAAGUACAAGCGCCGAAAGUGUGCGCACAUUGUACCAAGCGCACGGCGACAAGAGCAAGGACAAGCUUCAGGAGGUCCAAGCCUGGCAGUGGGAGCGCGAACAGAAAGAGAAUUCAGAUGUAAUAGCUGGACCAAGUUCAGGAAAUUCUACAGUUGGAGCUGUACCGCACGAACCCAGCGAGAUCCAUGUACAUGCUCUCGUCCUUCCAUCACCACCGUCCAGCCCAGGGCCUAGUCGAAGUCCUUCUGUCGACAGCGUUUCAGAGUCCUCUUUACCAUCAGUAUCUUCAUCUUUCUUCUUCUCGUCGUCGGCACCUGGAAGCCCAGGGCGCUUCUCGCACCCAGGGUCGUACCCCUCGUCUCACCCACAUUCGGAACAUGGGAAUGACCACGAGCACCAACACUACGAACAGGACUAUGGAUCGGGUCUCAUAAUCCCCUCACUUGCUCUCCCGGAGGCACUUCGGCGACCGACGCCAUUCGGCCAGACGCUUGGAAACCUGAAGAUACUCGUCCUCGGUGGACAGGGUGCGGGGAAGAGCUUCCUUACCGGGCUUCUGCUGGAGGAUAACGAAGACGUCGUCGAUGUUGGGACAUGGGAUGAUUGGAGUGGCAGCAAGAAUGCGUAUGGGAAGGUGUUGAGGGCCUCUACGGAUUGGUUUGAACGCCGUGAGAUCUUUGGACAGGAGAGGUACGAACCGACGAAGAAUGUGGAGAUUGUCGAGUUACCGGGAUACUCGCAUGAUGCUGAUGCAGCUGAACUCAUAAAUCGACUCAAAGCAAUUAUCGAGGUUCCAUUCCGUGCAUUACAGGACGCGCUAAACCCUGAGGGCACACCGUCAGCUGUAAUCGCCAAUAUGCUAGCUGCCCCAACCUCCCCACUGUACACGGCUAUGGUGUUUCUUCUCCCUUCACCACCGACACCACUUGACAAAGAAAUUAUCCAUGCUCUGUCAACGCACAUCCCUCUAAUAGUACUUCCACGCCUAUCGUCCUCUUCUAUUGCAGCAUCUACCCCCCACUCUUCUUCUUUUGGCUCUCAACGAGCGAAAUUGUCAGCUUUCCGACCACCUACGGCUGUCUCUCUUCGUGCGGGCCUGUUCCACUCACCUGAGACCGUUAGCCUGUUGAGAAAGGAGGCAGUGGAAAGAUUUUUACGAUGGUGGGAGGUGGAACGGGCGGUACAAGGUAUCUUAGAAGGGACGUUUGACGGUGUGAGCUGGGGAGUUGAAUCCAGGGGAGUGGGGGGCAAACGAAGACCGAGUAACGGAAGUUCUCCCUACCGUGAGGAAGGAGAGGGAGAGGAAGGAGAGGGCGUGGAACGAUGGAGUAAGGAGAAGUGGGAGUCUGAAUGGAUGGGCGACUACUCCCGAGAUGUCGCGCUUCGCAUCAGGGAAAGCAGGAACAGCGGUACAGUAAAGGAUGAGACAGUGGGAACUCAGAUGAGGAGGAAACUUGAACGGCGGAGUACUGUUUCCUCGAAGACCUUUACUACUCAGAACGACAGCAAACCCGAGGAGGUGAACAGUGAGAGGUCGCGACCCCAGCGACAAUCGCAAUCUCAUGAUUGUCAUCCUCAACCUCUUCCCCCGCCUUUUGAUCCCUUGCAUCUUCCCUCACUUCUCAUGUUCUCCUUUUCGCUCCUGGGUCCUUUGAAAGCUAGACUGGGAGAGACCAUUCGUGGGCUUGCGGAUUUCUUGACGUUUGGAGAUGCCAAAGUUCAGCUCGCGGUCGGGUUGACGGGAGGAUUCUGUGUUGGAGUUGGACUAGGUGUGUGGGCGUCGGGGAGAGGGUGGUAA